AUGAACCAACGUUACCAUGCACUUGAAACAUCCGAAACAAAGGUGGAAGGUCGUGAGAAGGAUCAGAAACCACACAUGAUGGCUCUUUCCAUGGCAAUGACGGCUGCAGCUGAAGCAGCCAUGGCAGCUGCAAAUGCAGCUGCCGAGCUUGCCAGGCUUGUAAGGUCUUCUCAAGACCUUGAAUGGAGAACCCGAAACAUUGCAGCCAUUAAGAUUCAAUCCUUUUACCGGGCACAUUUGGCUUGGAAAGCAUUGGUGGGACUGAGGGGAGUAGUGAAGCUUCAAGCAGUGAUUCGGGGCCAAAUUGUGAGACAAAGUUUUUUAAGCAAACUGAAGAAAACACACCAGGCUAAACUUCAUCAAAUACGGAUUCCUACAUUACUCAAUCUCUCUAAUAGCCAUCCUGAAAAACAAUAUCAUGUUAGCCCACAAAAUAAUACAAGAAACAAUAAGGUUAUCAAAGACUUGACUGCGAAACAAAUGAUGAAACCAAGAUUUGGACAUGAAAAACAUAUAGAAGAAAACAAUUCACCAUCUUUUCGCCCUCAAAUGUUGUAUAAUUCAAGAAGACACUACCACUUAUCACCUGAUCGAUCAGAUGACACUUCAUUGCCAAAUUCGCCGAUUUUUCCUUCUUACAUGGCCACCACGGAAUCGUUUAUGGCUAAGGCUCGAUCGCUAAGCACCCCAAGACAAAGAUUAUCUUUUCUUGAUGGUUACUACACCAAUGGUUCAUCUUUUGGUAUGCCCAUCCUGGUUUCAUCAUCAUCUUUAAAUGGAAGUAUGAAAAGCAAUUAUAGGAACGUGCAUUUUUGA